GCAUCCUUCACUGUCGCUUGUCACAGUCAUUAUUGUUCUGCUUCACUGUGCCUAUGUGGCAAGAGCUUCAUAAAUGAAAUUUGUAUUGAAUAGUACGUGGUAUCACACAGGUCUAUUCUAUGAAAAUUUGACGGAUCGUAAAUUAGGAGGUGAAUGUUGGAUUUCGAUAGGAGGCACUGUGCAACAUGCAAUGACAUCCACAUGUAUAAUGUCGUCUUAGAGAUCUUGGAUUUAGUCUUUUAAUGUUCUAUCAGCACUGUUUGUCCAACGAAAUAACCAUGUUUAUCUCGAAAUCACAGCUGGCGGUGAUUCUUUGCACCACUCAAUAAACCAAUCUUCCACCCUUACAACAUCAAACUUUAUUGUUAUUGUAUUUCUUAUGUUAAUAAUCCUCUCAAUUUCUUGUUUUGUUUAUUUUUUCAUAAAUGUGUACAUAAUUUAAGCUGUGUUAUAACUGUUAAUUUUGUGUUUCCCCUCACUUAAAUGUAUAAACAGAACAUUAGAUCCAAUAAUCUAUAACAUGCUAAAGUUUCCAAACUGAAUCGACAAUACCGUUUGAAACAAACUCACUGUUAUCAUUAUUAUUAUUACUAAUAUUAUUAUAUUUAAUAAUCUCAAUCUCUCGAAUAUUUUUGACUUUAUGUCGUAAAUGUGAACAAAUACCCUGGUUAAUUUAGUCUUAAUUUUUAAUUUUAAUUAUAUUUUGAGUAAAUCAGAUGCAAUUUUGUGACAAAUGCUGAGAAUUAAUUUCUGUAUUAUAAGUACUGCUUUUGGAAUAAAGUACAUUAUUAUUAUUAUUAUUAUUGGGAAAGCACGUCAACUGAACCUACCAUAUUCACAAGCCUCAAUUUAUCUAAUCUUCUAUUAUGGGUAGACGGCUAUGAUACAGUGAUUCUGAAGGUAAUACAGAGAACAAAUAAGCUGAGUGUUUCGAUACCCAGAUUAUUUAUACUCCCAUCUUCCUUGUGUUGUAUUUAAAUACAGGCCAGAAUGUUUCAUCCACGUAUCUAUUCCUAAUGUCUUUCUAGUUGGAGGAUUUGGUAGCACAAAGAAAGCGGAGGUUUGCGUUGAUCCUCAAAAAGAUUGUAACAGUAGCAGUUUUAGUAGGAAUGUCAUCUCAUUCCAUUCCGUUUCUCUCAUAUCGUCUCAACAGUCAGAGAAGACGAUUUCCAUUCACGAAGCAUUUUUCCACAUUUCGAAUACCCGAAAUUGCCUGACCCAUAUUCCAUUGUGUUUACAUUUUAGAAACGAAGUUGUUGAAACGACAGGCUGACGAUUUCAAAGAGAUGGUCGACAGUUAUAAAAUGACGACAGCGUCAUUGCGCGUCCUCUUUGAGGAGUAUGAAUGGGCGAAAAGCAGGACAUAUGGACCUGAAUAUAUUGGAUGUGAUGAGUUCCGGCCAUCUGUUUCUUCUCAAGGUAUCAGAAGCUGGAAUCUCUUAGUAUCUCAAGCAUAUGACGAAAUCACUACACGUGAGGAAAUAAAAGCGUUAUUGCCGAUAUAUGAAAACCUCGCCGACAGACUGACGGUAAGAAGUCGUUCAGUGCACUUGUGUCCAUCCUUAUUCAGUAAAUGUUUCUCAAUAUCCUGUCAAUGUUUCCAUUUGCAUGAAACUUGAAACGGUAAAAGAAAAAUCAUGUCAGUCUGCUCAGCACUUGUCACAUUCACACCAAAAACACUUUGAGAUUCACAAUAUCAAUAAGCAUCUGCUACGAAGUCUUUGUCAACUGUAUUCAACUCACUCACUGAGAACAAACAGAAUGCGUGUCAUGUGUAUGGAAAAGCGCUGGCAUAGCACUUAAUCACUUCUCAAGAUUCCGUUCAACAACAAGAAUAUUAGUGAUCACGUCACUUGUAGUUGUCUUGUAUGCAGCGAAAUGCAAUUUCACUGGGUUGUUAUCGUGUGUUUCAGAGGUGUUUAUAUAAUGAAUUAUCUAUUCAGUCACAUAUGCGGUGCAGGUGUGAAGGUAUUUUGAUGAGACGAGGAUAAUGGUAUUAUGUGUGAUGGGUGUUCAUGUGAUAUUUUCCCGUCUGUCGUGAUGUUGGUUGCAAGCAUCUACACAAUCAACUUUCCAUGUCAUCUGCUAACACCAUUUUCGCUUUCUUUCUGUAGUCUGCUCACCAGUGGUUCCGGUCGAAAAAACAGUGUUGACAUGCCUCGUAUCAUCUUCAUUUUCUCGUGUUUUACCAAUGAUUUAACAGUAAUUUAACAGCACUUGCCUUUCUAUUUAAUAAUAACAAUUCAGUAAUCAUUAUAAUAAAG